GUAAUACUUGCUCAGUCAGGUUAUCGUCUGCUAUUUAAGAGUCUUUCCAGGACAUGUGUUAUCGUACCUGCCUACCACUCGGUGUAACGCUGGUCCAUGUCGGGCUCUCCAACCACCGUUUCUUUUGCUCACCGAAAUCAUUCGAAUGAUAUUCAUGCCAUGAAAAGCGAUCAAGUCAAGUCUACUACCGACGUCGAGGAUACUCACGACAAAGACUACGAUUGGGAACUCCACCCUGCGAACCCCAGGAAUUGGUCUCCCGCAAAAAAAUGGACAACGACUACGCUUGUCGCACUGUACACAUUUGUUACGCCGUUAGCAAGUUCUAUCAUGGCACCUGGUUUACUCGACAUCGCCGUCAAAUUUGAUAUAACCAAUCCAACAGUCAUAGCGUUGACUCUAAGUAUCUUCCUUCUGUCGUUUGCCAUCGGCCCUUUAUUUGCGGCACCCUUGUCUGAAGUGUAUGGUCGUGUAUGGGUGCUCCACCUAGGAAACCUCUUCUUUUUCUUCUUUAAUCUUGGCUGUGCCUUGUCAUCCAACACUACAUCCUUCAUUGUUUUCCGCUUUCUAGCUGGAUUAGCGGGAAGUCCACCCAUAGCAUGCGGCGGAGGCGUCGUGAGCGACCUCUUUUCGGAACGUGAUCGAGCAUCAGCUGUUGCAUUGUACAGCAUCGGACCCUUGAUAGGCCCUGCUAUCGGUCCCGUUAUGGGAGGUUUCAUCGCAGAAUCAAUUGGUAUACAAUAUGUCUUCUAUGUCGUUAUCGCGAUGUCAGGCAUUGCCGCGAUGAUCGGCAUUCCUCUCUUGAGAGAAACCUAUGCACCACUUAUCAGGCUUCGUCUGGAUAACAUGGCUCUGGAUCCCGAAAAGACAACCGUGGGACAUCCUACCCUCCAAGGCGAGAUGAGCAAAUGGGCCUACUUAUGGCUCAACCUCAAGCGACCGAUCAUACUGUUGACCCGGAGUUUUAUAUGUUUUAUCCUGAGCUUGUAUAUGGCUCUGUUAUACGGUAUCUACUACUUGAUGUUUUCUACUUUCCCCGACCUCUUUUCGAAGGUGUACCACUUCAGCACUGGAAUGGGAGGUCUGACGUACCUCGGAACAGGCGUUGGAUUUCUAGCCGCCACUUUGUUUGGCGCCAGGGUUUCAGGAAAGAUAUACAUAUACCUUGCUGCCAAAAAUGGAGGGCAGGGUAAACCCGAGAUGCGCAUACCUGCCCUGAUAUUCGGCUCGUUAUUUGUCCCAGUGGGACUAUUUUGGUAUGGCUGGUCUGCCCAAGCCGAGGCUCAAUUCAUGAUGCCCAUCAUUGGUACCGCUAUCUUUGGAUUCGGUUUGAUGACAAGUUUCCUCCCUAUUCAACUUUAUCUCGUGGAUACGUUCACCUAUGCUGCAAGCGCUACUGCAGCCGCGUCUACGUUCCGUUCACUCCUUGGUUUCGCAUUCCCUUUGUUUGGAGAACAGAUGUUUGCGGCACUCGGCUAUGGUGGAGGCAAUUCCCUGCUUGCAGGCAUUGCCAUAGUCAUUGGCAUACCCUUUCCAGUGUGGAUAUACUUCGCCGGCGAACGUAUGCGCACGAAUAGUUCCUUGGCCCGUUGAUUUUUCCCUUCUUCUCACCAUCGUGAAAGUGUGAUAAUCCUCAACCCCUUCAGAAGCACCAAGUCACGAUAGCCCCAAUAGGAUUACACCCGCUUACUACAUCGUGGAGUGAUUCGUGGUUGUUAAUAACAGUAGAAUCAUCGUCCACCUCCGAAUCAUCUAUGGACACUUGUCAUGCAGAAAUAGUGUAUUUUUUCCUUCGUAGAACUACCUAUCUGUGUUAUGUAAUAAAGGAAAAUAUACUCAAGUGCAGCACUGAGCAGCCAAAA